GUGAUUCCUAAUCUUCAAUUAACUGGCCUGCCCUCCCUCACUGGCUUCGGAUCAGCAGCUAGCGAGGAAUUGAGGCAAGUUGCGGUCAGCGAACCGGAAUUCGGCCGGAAGCUUGUUGGUGAAGAAGUAAUCCUCGGAAAAGAGUCGCUUGCCUCUCAACAACACCGCCCUUCACGUAUGUAUCAGCAUUACAGGACUCGCCACCUUCAACACUAUGAUCACCAUCCCCAAAGCUGUUUCCCCCUUCAGCACUAUCAUCAACGCCACCUCCACCAUACACAUCAUCAGCAUCACAAUAACCAGAUCCAUCGUUUGACCAGCCCAGCCCAGAACAUGCACCAGCACCAGCAAUUGCAACUUCAAGCUUCUACUAUGGAAUCCGGUGGUGUCCCGCCUCCCAGUGCCUAUCUUCACCUCGAUAGCCAGCUCGGUGAGACGGCAUCUGCAUACACUGGAGCUACUUCCACCAGUUCAUCUUGGCAGGCUCAACUAGGCCACAACAUAUUUACAGGCACCUCUGCCAGCUGUAACCAGAUGGCUACCUCAGCUGCUUGUAUCGGCGGUAGCAUGAGUGCUCAAUUAUUCAGCUGCGCUGCAAAUGGUGGUUCCGUGAGCGAUAUAGCUGACCGACUGACUCUCAGCUCCCUCGAGUUCCUCACUGACACCCUGCUCGAGGUGAUGACUCUGGUCAUCAAAGAGGUUCCCGAGUUUACACAUUGGCUUGACCAGUGGAUGGCACAAACCAGAAAGUAA